CCCAGAUCAAAAGUUAAUCUGCUUUCUCGUUGUUUCCCAUUGUGUGGCGGCGACAACCUGUGGUUAAUUACUGUGAUUUACGUAUGAUUAGAGAGCAGAGCACAGAUUUUGUCAGUACCACUCUCUUACCAGAGCUCAACAGUGGUUUCCAGGGAAACUGGAAAUGUGAAGCUUUUUUUUCACAUAGACAGAGCCACAGCAUAAAAGAGCGAGAAUUGCCUAAGAUAGAUUCUUCUAGAGACAAACCUGUAGCCAGUGCAAACAGAACCAAUCAUACCGAGGAGGGAGAUGCAUAGACAGAUGUUGGUCUCCCUCAGGGGUUGGAGAUUUUUGCCAUGUUUGACCCAGAUCUGAAGAAGUGUUGCAGAGAGGUCCGACUUUGCUGCUGAGGUUAUUUUACCGCCUUACCGAAGAGACAGAAUGGGAAGCCUGAAGGACGAGAAGCGAGGUCUCAGGGAGGACCGUCAGCCUUGCGAGAAGACAAAUAAUGAAGAAUUUUCUGUAGGCUCAGACAGCAGCGCUGCAGCUGAGGGAUGUCUCCUACGCACAUGUCAAGUGUCAAUAACUCUAGAGGACUGUCAGCCAAAACUCCACAUGGAUGCCAGCUCUGUUGGGAAUGAAGAGAAACCCCUAAUAUGUAAAGAUCCAGAGCUUUCAGGAGUCGAUUAUGAGAGUACAGACCCAUUGGUCUCUGAGCCAGUUAAGGACUGCGCACAGCCUGGUGUCACUCCGCAACCUGUAGCUACGCAAAACCAAGCCACAGUCUCUAUCAACCUCCAUGGAGAUGCUGAGAGUAAAAACAUGGCUCUUGACAAAGGAAAAGGAACAGAUAUUGAGAACAUCUUUGUUCCUGUGCGAUCAACUCCUGGGCCCUCUGACCCCCGCUCUCCAGCCCCUUUUGGGCAGCAACACAUGCGCACACAGGUGAGCCUAGAAGUGAUUCAGUGCUGCUCAGUGGCCACCAGCCCCAUGACCCCUCCUGAAGGAGACAAUUCCUUCUUCUUCCCAAGCAAUUUUGGGAAACAAGGAGCUGUGGCUGCUGCUCCUUCCGGUGCUAAGGAUGUAAAACUGCAGGUGGGUCAGCAAGUGGAGUUCUGCUCUGUCGCCACAUCGCCCAUGACCCCAAAGACGCCAUCGAGCACGGCUUUCCCAGUACUUGUUGGAAAAGGGACAGUGCAAAAGGAAGAGAAAAUUAAAAAUGAGGAGCAAAAGGAGAGUGGUCAAAAGAUGAAUUGUACAAAAACAAAAAGUACGAGAGAAGUGUUGCAAAAAGAUGGAUCUUUGAUAUGUGACUCCUCAAAGGAGAUGACCGAGGGCUUAAGUUCCAGCAGUGGUCUGGAAGCUGCAGUAACACAUUCCCCGGUGACAUUAAAGGAUGGUAGUCAGCAAUGCAAGCAGCCGAGGAUGGGGAGCAUGGAUCAAGACAUUACAAUCCUGGUGACCCACCAUGGCAACAAUGAGGAGGAAGGGGAAGACAAAGCUGAGUCACAUUUUCCAACCCUGGAACCUGGAAUGGUAAAAAUAGAAGACACUGGAAAAAGUGGAGAAAACAUCAGCAAUAUCAAGAGUAAAGACAGAAAGGAAACAGCUUCUGCAACUCCUGAACAUUUUCAGGAAACAUCGAGCCCAAAGCAGCCACAAAAACUACCUGAGAAACCAAAGGUUUGCUCUGAAGGCGUACGAGUGGAGCUAAAAGAUGUUUCAGCUCCAAAAUCUCCUGUCCCUGAGUCCCCAGCUCCUUUUGGUUGCCACAAUAUCCGCACACAGGUGAGCCUAGAGGUGGUACAGUGUCAGUCUGUGGCUACCAGCCCCAUGACCCCUCCUGAGGGGGACCAAGCAUUUUACUUUCCUAGCUCUCUUGGGAAAUGUAGAGGUGUGGGCAACGAAACAAUAGAUGCUGAGCUGCAGGUGGGUCAGCAGGUAGAAUUUCGAUCUGUGGCUACGGCGCCCAUGACUCCAAGAACUCCAGUCGCUACAACUUUUCCCGAGAUAAAGAAGGAACUGAGCAUUGAAGAGAAGAUACUAGAGGAAACGGAGGAGGAAAAGAGAGAACAACUGAGAGAGAACAAGAAGGAAGCACUCAAAGAGGAGGAAAAAUUUACCCAGAAAGAAAGUGUGGAGGACAGAAAAAAAGUAAUAAACUGCAAGGAAACAGAUGAGGAGAACUGUGAGGAGCCAGUGCAGGAGGUGAGCUGGGAUGAGAAAGGGAUGACCUGGGAGGUGUACGGGGCUGUAGUGGAAGUAGCUGUGCUAGGCUCCGCCAUCCAGAAACACCUUGAGAAACAGGUGCAGAAACAGAAACAGCUGCCCUCCAUGCCUCCCCCGCCUCCACUCAACCCGUCAGCAUCCCCUCUCCCUUCAGAAGCAGGGUGUGGGGGUUCAGGAAAGCGCCGAGGGCGGAAGAAAGGGGAGCAUGAUGGGAAAGUGAGCCGACGCAGGAGAAACCCCUUCCGGCUGUUGAUGGAGAAUGUACAGCAGCCUCACUGCUGCGCCAAAGCUCACACCACCGAAUGACGGAGGAGGCCCACUUGGAUCGUGCUAAAAAAUCCCAUCUGAUCUGCGUAGCAGUGAUACUCUGAUUUACCAGAGGUUCAGUUUUGUGUUGGACGGGGUCAGAAACAGAUAACACCCUCACACGAGGCAAACAAGCUCAAAAAGCUUUUACAGACUGAGCCAUGGAGCACUAAUCACAGAGAAGGAGCCAUACUGUUUUAAUUUUGUCAUUCUUCUUUUACUAAAAGAUGCUAUGACGUCACUUUUAACUGACUGUCAGGUUUAAUGGAGUUCUUAUGAGGGUGAUACAUCAGUGUUAUUGUUAGCUUUGCUCUUUUCCUUUAUUUUUCUUCUGCUCAGCCCAUUCAGCCAUCCAGUGAGUCAUUUCGACUCUUGAUACUUUUUGAUGAAGAGAAGUGACGCCAUGGCAACAAGCUUGUGGUACUGAAGUUGAGUAAGGUGAGGACAGUUUUUAUUUUGUCUGUCAGUUCAGUGCAGAGGUGAUUUUGACAUACAGUAGAUGAGAAUUUAAACUGAUAUAAAUAAUCUUGAUGUUUCUGCAGACAAUUUGCCAGGCUUUUGUGCAUCUCAUAUUUUAAUUUUAGCUACAAGAUAUUUCUGUGGAAGCAUUAUUUAAACUAUGCUUAGUCAUCACUCAUUACUGUAUUUCAAUGCAAUGAAAAGUGUUUCAGCUACAAAAAUAGCAAUUAAAAUUGAUUUUAAGUGUUUUAUUUAGAAAUCAGUGCAGUGUUAGUGUUUUCACAUUAUAAUUCAUUAAUAUCCACAUAUGAGAACACCACUUUUAUUCACAGAUUGCACAUGCAAUACAUUCAUUAGGUUGUCAGCAAGCACUACAAUAAACUUUUCCAUCAGAUCAGCAUUUUGAAGAAAGGAUCCCAUCAGUGAGUGAUUUUAUGUACAACUAAAAAAUGUUUUGGACGCUUUGCUGUAAAAAUUGCUUCUCAGAAUUUGCAUUUUUGGAUAAGAGAUUUUGCUUUUAUAGUUACAUGCCACAGGUUAGACAUAUUACUACUAUUUAUUUAUUUAUUCGUUGUGUUUCUCUGCUGUUUGACCUGUUUCCUGAGCAGGAAUCUACCUGCAUUUUACCUGCAAUUUACCUACAUCUUAAACACUGAAAAACUGAUCAAAUAAGCAACCCAUGAGCCGUAUUGAUUUGUCAUUUGUGUGUAGAUCCUGCAACUAAGAUGAGAGCAAAUGUUAGAAAUGUCUUGAAAAAAGAUUUGACUUUUAAGCCAAACUGAAAUCCACAAGUUCAAUCCAAUCCUAAUUUAUAUAUAUAUAUAUAUAUUCAUUUAGUUUUUCCUGAGAAAAAUGUUUAAAUAAAGUCAUGAAUUUUGUGUCAAACUUAUUGAAUACAUUUAUUUUACAUUCCAAUGUUCAGAACAAAGAGCUGUUUAAAGGCAGAAACUAUGUUUGAUUUGGUUUGUAUGAUUUUGUCCAUUGCUGUUACAUCAUUAAAUGGUUGUGUUACAGA